AUAGAGGAGGAAAGGAUUGUCCUGGAAUGGGAACUAUGGAAAUGGAGAGGGAAGGGUUGGUCCUGGAAUGGGAAGUAUGGAUGUGGAUAGGGAGGGAGAUGGGCCUGGAUUGUGGGUUCUCCCCCAAACGGAGACUAUAUAAAGGAGGUAGUGAGAGUGCAAUACUUGUUGAGCAGAACACGUCGUGGAGGCAGCACGUCUGCCGCGCCCUCCUGCCUCACUCUUCACAUUUUACUGUGACAUUUACCAACAGUUGGGAAACUAAACCACAACGGCAUCCUUCCCUUAACAUAACUUUUUAUUCGAUCAAAGUUUACCUUGUGUUUUUUUUUCAAGGUAAAUCUGUGUUAAUUUUGAUGUGUCACGUUUUGUGGAACUGAUUAUAUAUAUUUAAUUUUUUUCUGGACUUGGUAACGGCGAGCAACGCGGCAAGAAAGUUCCCAUAUAAUAUACCUCCUGUUAACGGGGGGUUCCAACAGUAACUGGUUAAACGAUGUAAUAGACACUAGAAAUUGCAAGUGUUGCGUUUUAUUUUCGAAGAUGUCAAUUACUGAAAAAUAAUCAUGGACAUGUUAAUCUGACACAAGAAUAACUAACUUUUAUAUGAUUCUUAUUACAUACACGUUAAUCGUAAGAGCCAAAUUAUAAUUGUUUAUAACUGAACACUAACUAAUCUGGUAAGUGGCGAAAAUAUACGAAAAAAAAGUAAUAUUGAUAGCGAUCCACCAAUUAGGUGUCUCUGAAAAGCGGCGCGAAAACCACGAGGGGGAAAAAAAGCGCACGAACGCUGUUUGGAAAAGCGCGCGGGGAAAAAAGUAAACAAAGAUGGAUGACAAGUUGGCGUCAUACACGGGCGGGCUUCACAUCUUUAAGAGCUACCUGAAGGAGAAGUGGGGCACGCUGAAGGAACAAGGAGCUUCAGGAACCAUCCACGAACUGAAGGAGAAGACUGGGUCCAAGGUGGACGCGCUGAAGCAGAGAGCCAUUAGUAACCUCAAUCACGGAGACGGUGAAGACUUCUGUCACAUCUACAGGCGCAAGACACGUAUGGAAAUGGUUCGCAUCUCAGCAGCGGUGAUGGGAAUAGAGUUUUGCUACGCUGCCGAGACUGCCUUCGUCUCGCCCACCCUGCUCAAAAUUGGGGUGAAACACCGCCACAUGACGCUCAUCUGGUGCCUCAGUCCUUUCAUAGGUUUCUUUCUCACGCCAAUCCUGGGAUCUCUCUCAGACAACUGCCGCUCAAGGCUGGGACGAAGGCGUCCAUUUAUCAUCCUUCUCUCCAUCGGUAUUAUACUGGGCUUGAUCCUGGUGCCCAAUGGUAAGGAUUUGGGCAUUGGUAUGGGAGAUGAUUGGAACACGACCACGACUGCUCUGACCACUGCUAGCACCACCACACUCACCACCCAGCAGGUGAGCGAGUUAAUGAGUGCUACAGAGACUGGCUUUCUUAACGCUUCCACCAUCACUCAGGUGGUCAACGAUCUUCAGGAUCCUGAGAACAUCACCAUCACUGAUGCUGCACCUGAAGAAGAAGACGAAGAAGAUGGAGGAGGAGCGGUUGAAGGAGGCAGGAAUGGGUACCAGACCCAUCCCUGGGGUAUCUUUUUCACUAUACUGGGCACAAUGUUGCUCGAUUUCGACGCUGACGCCUGCCAGAGUCCCUCCCGAGCCUACCUGCUCGACGUCACCGUUCCAGAGGAUCAUGCCAUCGGUCUGUCCACCUUCACCAUCAUGGCGGGCCUCGGGGGUGGAUUUGGCUACGCCAUGGGCGGUAUAAACUGGGAUGCUACAGUCAUAGGAGUGAUGUUGGGCGGACACGUGCGAGCGGUGUUCACUCUGGUGACGCUCAUCUUUAUCGUGUGUGUGCUGAGUACAUUGUACUCAGUGAGGGAGAUCCCUCUCGAAGUACUGCAGAACUCUACCAAGGCUCAGCUGCAGAAGGGCAUGUCUGUGGACCAGCCGCUGACUCGAGAUGAUGGUACCAUGGAGGAUGGCAAAGGAGGGUAUGGUUCCAUCGAGAGAAAGCCUCCUCUUCGCCCUAACUCUCUCUCCCUCAUGCAAAAUGGUCACCGUGUGGAUGAAGGAAUUGAAGCAGAGAACUAUCAGGGCUACGGCGAGAAGCAGGGCCAGCAACUACACCAGCAGGAACAGCAGCAACACCAGGAGACCUCUUUUAACCAGCAGGACCCGACGGAGGUGAUGAAGGAGGCGGUAGUAGCAGAGGUAACUGAUGAAGCAGCAGUACCUGGAGCCACUCUACGACAAUAUCUUCUCUCCAUCGUCUAUAUGCCGAGGUCACUACGAGUACUGUGCCUCACUAACCUCUUCUGCUGGAUGUCACUCGUCUGUUACUCUCUCUACUUCACUGACUUCGUGGGUGAGGCUGUCUUCGGUGGAGACCCAGGGGCUGCUGACGGUACACAGGAGAAAGAGCUCUAUGAGGAAGGUGUUCGCUUCGGUUGCUGGGGUAUGGCGCUCUACUCCCUCUCCUGCUCCGUGUAUUCCUUCUUGAUUGAGGGACUCGUCAAGAGGUUUAGAGCCAAGCCUGUGUACGUCUGCGGGCAGCUGGUGUACAGCAUUGGGAUGGUGUUCAUGGCCGCCCUCAGACACCCUGUCGCUGUCAUCAUGUUCUCCUGCUGUGCUGGAGUCAUGUACUCGACGUUGUUCACCAUGCCGUACCUACUGGUGGCGCAUUACCACGCCUCGGAGACGAUUGAGUGUGAAGAUGUUUGGCUGGUCACCAAGAUCCGGCAGCUGUGGGCACGCUGCUGUGGUGAAGCGUUCAAGGCUGAGAUUGAGGAAGCAUCAGGGACCCAGGCUAGCGACGGUCCUGAGCAGCAGGUGCGUGGCUUGGGUACUGACGUGGCCAUCGUCUCGUCCAUGGUGUUCCUGGCGCAGUUCAUCCUCUCGUCGUGCAUGGGUUCCAUCAUCUCCGCCGUGGGCUCCACCACCGCCGUCGUCUGCGCCGCCAGCUUCCUGGCCGCCUGUGGUGCAGUCACCGCUACACAAGUCGUCUAUCUUGAUCUCUAAGCCGUUUUCUCUAGUUCUAGAGUCAGUGUAAUAGAAAAUGAAAUUCUUGGACUCUUCAGUAGGUAACUAAUUCAUUGGAGUAAGAACUCAUUGAGAUAAGUUAACUCACUGGGUAAGCAAUUCAAUGGGCAACUAACUCAUUGGGUAACAAACUCAAUAAGUAACAAACUCAGUGGUUAACAAAUUCAAUGGGUAACUAAAUGGGCAACUUAACACGAUGGUUACUAAUUCAUUGGGUUAGUUGAGUGAGACAGUUAUUAGCAGUAGCUUGGCUUGUCUGUACGAAGAUGAAUUAGUCUUCAAAUUCCUCAGUUGGUUUGUAGAUAUAAAGGAAAAAAGAU